AUGGCAAUCGUUUCCAAUGAUCGAAUUCCCACCAAUCUCCCGAUUCUUGAUUCGAAGAACUAUGAUAAAUGGGCAAAACAAAUGAGGGUCUUGUUUGGUUAUCAAGAGGUGCUUGAGAUCGUCGUCAAUGGAGUUACACAACUAGGGGCAGAGGCUACCGACAUUCAAAGAGCUACACACAAAGAAGAGAAGAAGAAGGAUUACAAAUCCCUAUUCUUGAUUCAUUCGUGUGUUGAUAACGACAAUUUCGAGAAGGUUGGCGAUUGUGAAUCGGCGAAGCAAGCAUGGGAAAUCUUGGAGAAAGCAUAUGCCGGUGCCGUCAAAGCGAAGGUUGUAAGGUUACAAACUUACAAGCGACAAUUCGAGUUAACACAAAUGGAAGACAAAGAAACGAUCAACGACUAUAUUACGCGCAUUACCCGGUUAGUUAAUCAAAUCAAAUCUUGUGGGGAAACGAUUCUUGAGCAGAAUGUUGUACCGAAAGUAUUGCGUUCGUUAACGUCGCGUUUCGACAACAUAGUUGUGGCUAUUGAAGAAUCGAAGGAUCUAACAACUUUGAGCAAGAAUGAAUUGCAAAGUUCGUUAGAGGCACAUGAACAAAGGAUGGAUGAGAGAGGCGCCGACAAAGCCAAAGCGGAGAUUGCUUUGCAAUAUUCGGCGAGUGAAAAGGGUGAAAUUAGCUCCAAGGAUAGUGGUCAUAGCAAUGAUUUUAAGAAGCGUGAUGUGAGUAAGGUGCAAUGCUACAAGUGCAGAAAGUUUGGACACUUUGCAAAUUUGUGUUUUGGUAAAUCGAAUGAGAAUCACAAUAAUGAAGCCAAGGUUGCUAGGGAAGAGGUAGAUGAUGAGGACACACUUCUAGUAAUGAUCACGGAGGAGAGUUAUGGCAUUACGGAUGUUCCGGGAAGCAGCUACAGUAGUGACAGUUUGCGGGACAACAGCUGUACCGUUCCGGAAAAUAGCGAGAAAAUGCAUUCGGAUCGAAGUGCAUUGGUUACCGUUUGUGAUGGAGUCCAAGGGAGAGAUGAGUGGUACUUGGAUUCCGGUUGUUCAACACAUAUGACAGGUCAAAAAGAUUGGUUUGUGCAAAUCAAUCAAGCGGAAUAA